AUUUUCUAGACAUUGGCACAUUGCUUGUUCAUAUCUCUGCUUGAACCCAACAAGCAACUUCCUAUAUAUAUACACCGUUUCUCUCGCUCUCAAUCUCUAUAUGUUUCCCUCUCUGUGUAGUUUGCUUUCUUUCUUUCUAGCAAAAAUAAGCAAAAAUGGGUGCUCUUGAUUACCUUUCUAACUUUUGCACUGUCACUAGCACAAGAAGCAAACGCAAACCAAUGCAGACAGUUGAAAUCAAAGUGAAAAUGGACUGUGAUGGCUGCGAAAGAAGAGUUAAACACGCUGUUACCUCCAUGAAAGGUGUAAAGACAGUGGAAGUGAACAGAAAACAAAGCAGGGUAAUAGUAAGUGGAUAUGUUGAUCCAAACAAGGUGUUAAAGAGAGUGAAGAGCACUGGGAAGAGAGCAGAAUUUUGGCCUUAUAUCCCACAACACUUAGUUUACUAUCCUUAUGCAUCUGGUGUCUAUGACAAAAGGGCACCAGCAGGCCACGUUCGUAAUGUUGUGCAAGCUUUCCCUGCCUCAAAUGCUCCUGAGGACAACAUUGUUUCUAUCUUUAGUGAUGAUAAUGUCAAUGCAUGUUCUGUCAUGUGAGCAACUCAUUUUAAUUACUUUCAUGAGUUUCUGAAAAA